AUGUCUGCAAGAGUCUGGUUCGUUACCGGUUCGUCCACAGGCAUCGGCCGUGCGACGACCGAGCUCGUGCUCCAGAAGGGAGAUAUCGUCGUCGCGACCUUGCGCAAACCCGAGGUCCUUGCCGACCUCACGAAGCAAUACGGCUCAGACAAGCUGCUUGUCCUCAAGCUCGACGUCGCGCAGGCGCAGGAGAUCAAAGAUACUUUCGCCGCCGCGAUCAAGCAGUUCGGGCGCAUUGAUGUUGUGCUCAACAACGCCGGGUACGCGGUCAUGGCCGAGGUAGAAGGCACACCGGAUGAUGCAGCGCGCACGAUGUUCGAGGUAAACUUUUGGGGCGCGGCGAAUGUCACGAGGGAGGCUGUCCGUGUCUUCCGAGACGUGAACAGGCCUGUUGGAGGACGCCUCUUGCAGGUGUCUUCUGCUGCUGGCAUCCGAGCCCCCCCGACGCUGGGAUACUAUGGAGCAGCUAAACACGCUCUGAACGGGCUCACAGGGGCAAUAGCUGCAGAAGUGUCGCCGGAUUGGAACAUCAAGUUCACGAACAUCGAACCGUCCCUCUUCCGCACCCCCGCUAUCGAUCAGAACGUCGUAUCUACGCCCCUACAUCCCGCCUACGCCUACACCGAGUCGCCCUCUGCAAGGUUGAGGAACAUGACCCCAGAAUUCGUGCAGACAAUGCCGGAGGCGUCCGAAGCAGCUAGCCGGAUUUACAGACUGUCGACUCUAGAGGACCCGCCGGCACAUCUUCCUCUUGGGAAGGCAGCGGUUAGGAUCAUGCGGGACACCCUGACCAACGCGCUGGAGGACGCCAACAAGUACGGAGUGUGGUCGGAUGACUUGUCGAUGUAG